AUGGCAACCCGUGGUUAUGAAGAACAACCGCAGUACGGCGGGGGUCGUGUUCGCCGUCAUUCUUCUGUCCUCGAUGAAAAGGCCCUUCCUGCACCGCUCACUCCCCGUCGAAGACACGCCAGAAGCCAGAGCACUCGGGUAAGCAACGGCACCGUCAGCACAAAUAUGAGCAUGGCCUCGAGUCGAAUGUCCCAAGCAACCAACAUCACCCAACCCCCUUCAUACUCGAAAAAGUUUGUUGUUGUUGGGGAUGGUGGGUGCGGGAAGACUUGUUUGUUGAUCAGUUAUUCUCAGGGUUAUUUCCCGGAGAAAUAUGUGCCUACUGUUUUCGAAAAUUAUAUCACUCAGACGAUGCACGUACCAACUGGAAGGACAGUUGAGCUUGCUCUUUGGGAUACAGCUGGCCAAGAGGAAUACGACAGACUUCGUCCGCUCUCGUAUCCAGAGACCGAUCUUCUCUUCGUAUGCUUUGCAAUUGAUUGCCCUGUAUCGCUUGAGAACGUAAUGGAUAAGGUAAGGAACCUUGCAUCUAUUUGGAAAUUUUCGAGGAGAGUAUCAUUGUAA